AUGAAUGCCAGGGGCACGUCUCAACACGUUGUGAAGGUAUUCAACCUCGACGGAAAUGAGCUGUCACGCCUCGAGCCGUACUCGAGCUUCCUCCAGCAGAACCGGGGAGAGCCUAUUUCGGCGACGGCCUUCCACCCUCACCGGCCGAUCCUGGGCUGUGCUGCCGUUGGGGACCAUCACAUCAAUCUCUUCGCCUGCGAGAAGGCGGAACCUCCGCCUUUCAGCUAG